ACACAAAUGAUAUGCACCAAAGGACUCCCCUAGCUAUAGGAAAACCCCUUUCCUCUGUCUAAACCGAUUUGAAACAAACGUCACAAGCAUGUAAUCCCCAAAAACCAUUCGAAACACACACGUUAGACGGUUAGGAAUCAAAAAAUACAAACAGAACAAAAGAUCUCCUAGCAAAGGAUCGACAGAAAAAAGACCACCGACACCACAAUAGCGAGGGGUAGCCCAGAAGGAGGAUGGAGUACGUUCGUCAGCCCUGUCCCAUACGGAUUGUGGAGGACGCCGGCGGUGCCUUCUUGAUGGGCACCAUUGGCGGGAGUCUGUUCCAGUUUUUGAAGGGGUUCAGGGAUGCUCCCAUGGGGAUUCGGCGCGGGCUCUACGGCGGAUUGGAUUCCGUCAAGUUGAGGACACCCGUAAUUGCCGGCAGCUUUGCCGUUUGGGCCGCCACAUUCAGCACUGUGGACUGCACAAUGAUCCACUACAGACAGCGCGAGGACGCUUGGAACUCGAUUGUGUGCGGCGCUGCAACGGGUGGCAUUCUCUCUGCCCGCCAGGGCAUCCGGCAAAUGGCAAACGGUGCGCUGAUCGGGUGUUUGGUGCUGGCCAUGGUCGAGGGAGCAGGCGCAGCAGUGGCCAAAAUCUCUGCAGCCGAACAUCAGUCCAUCGCUCCAGGAAAGGCCCAAGGCAAGCAGCAGCGUCCACAGUGGGACGUGCUCCAGGACGAGUCCAAAAAGGACUGCCACAUGGGUACUGGCCCCCACUCGUUGUCGGACCUGGUCAAGAUGGCCAAAGUUGUCUAGUUAUCCAGUGAAUUCUUCCCUAGAAAAGCCUUCUAUUUCUUGGCAAGGUAAAUCCAAAUUAUGUUCAUGUUCGUAUCGAUUCAUGUUGUGAUCCUCACUCUC